AUGGCGCAAAUUAAAACAUUAGUGGUGUUAUAUGGGCUCUACCUUUUGAGAUUAUGCAACUGCAUAGGUCCUGCCGUGACUCGGGUACCCCUGGACUUGUCGAACCCCGACGAGCGGGCCGCAAAGAUAUCGCGAGUACUAAUCGACGAUGUAGAAUAUUUUACCUGUGAAGAUAAUACUGGUUUUGGCUUUACGGUAGAGUCAGUCAAGGAGGGAGAUCAGUACCUGUGGAAGGCGGCUCCCGGGGAGAUGUUCCUGACAAUCAGGAGAUUUUCAAAAAAGGGUCAUGAAACUAUACUAUCUCUGCGAUAUGAUGCGCAGUGGAAGGUCAAAAAUGUGUACUAUAGAUACGACGAACUCUCCGCAGAGACUCCGUGGGUACUAGUGACCGAGGAGGAGUUUGAAGGGAGACUUGACGACAUGAAGGGCAUUUCAAUAAAAGAUGGAGAAGAGGAAAAGAAACCAGUGUCGUUAGAUCUUUCCCAAGUCGACAAUAGCACGACGGAAAUGUUCAGCAACACCUCCGUCGGAGUUUCAUGCCUAACGCUAUGUUCCAAGGGAAACGCAGUCAUAACUGCGGUUUUAAACUCGGGAUCCAUCUUAUGGAAGUCCCAAGGAAAGUAUAACAAGUGCAUGUCCGUCAGACAGUUUGCAAAGGGCGACAAAACUAUACUCUCAAUAUACACCAAGAAUCGCAUGGUGCCAGAGUUCCAACACUUUGAAUUGAUUGACAAAAACUGGAAGAAAAUCCAAGUAACGGAAUUUAACGGCAAAAACUACAAGAUGAAGAAUAGAAAGAUUGUCGCUUCGUCCAGAUACCUCUUUUUCCCAAGCAUCAGAGGACAUAGAAGAACUUGCAGAAGGGGAUGGUUGACGUGCUAA